GCUGGGCAGUGACUUAAAUAAUACAUAGGCUGUGCCAGUGUAUGAAUAGGCUACUGCACCUAAACUUGAUUGACCACCAACUAAACAAGAAUGAACGGUAAUUCAGCAGGAAAGCAUGGCUUAAGUAAAUCGGUUGACUACCCGCCAGCGAAAAUUCGGCGUAAAAAUAACCCCCUUCCACCCUUGGAUGACCCAGGUCCUCCUGCUCACGGGGAUCAGCCGGACCCAGAUGCGAUUAAGAUGUUCAUAGGUCAGAUUCCCAAAACAUGGGUUGAAUCUGAGGUGCGUGAGUUUCUCGAGGGUUAUGGGCCAAUCUACCAACUUAAUAUUCUAAGAGAAAAGGGUAGUGUUAUGAGCAAAGGCUGUUGCUUUGUUACAUUCUACACUCGGAAGGCUGCACUUGCUGCACAAAAUGAACUACAUAAUAUGAAAACUUUGCCAGGGAUGCAUCACUGUGUUCAAAUGAAGCCGGCAGAUUCAGAAAACAAAAGUGAGGAUCGCAAGCUCUUUAUUGGGAUGAUUAGUAAAAAGAUGACGGAGCAAGACCUUCGUCAAUUGUUCUGUCCAUUUGGGAACAUAGAGGAGUGUAGAAUUCUUAUGAAUCCCGAUGGUGUAAGCAAAGGAUGUGCGUUUGUAACUUAUUCGAAAAGAGUUUCAGCUCAAAAUGCAAUACGCAACAUGCACCAGUCCACAACCAUGGAGGGUUGCUCUGCGCCAAUUGUAGUGAAGAUAGCUGAUUCACCGAAGGAUAAGGAAAGGAAGAAAACACAAUCCCAGCUUGCCAUGCAACUUAACCAGUUCUCUAAUCAGUGGAAGAAUCUGUCUGGUUUAGCGGCAUUAGCUCCGGUUCUUCAAAGCUUGGCUUGCAACAACCAAUACAAUGCACCCAGCAACCAACACAACUCAGGUGUUUUUUCAACGACCCAGCUCCAACAAGCACUCACGAUCGCUGCUGCUGCUCAGACACUCCUAAGCAACCAGCCCUCAAGUGUCUCGCACAAUAAUUCCAACUCCGUGCCCGGAAGCAGUGGCAUUUCGUCAAUGACAUCACAAUACGGUGGGAACGUGUGUGCGAGUCCCAGUGGAACUAGCUACAGAUCGCAUAGUCAUAAUUCAAACAUGUGGGCUCAACAACAUUCAGCCCCAUACCCAAGUGCUGGGAUGAACAACGGGAUGAGUUCUGGUUGCUCCUCCACAAGUCCUCUUGAUCCGAUGACGAUGAACCUGGCUCAGCAAAGCGGGAGCAACCUCACGCUCGAUCUCAACCAUUCUCCUUCAUCUACAGCAACAGGUAUCAACCCAACAGCACACAUGCUCGCUGCAUUGACUUCACCAACUUCAAUGUACAACCAAUCAAUGAUGCAUCCCCAUAACUCCUCUCCAGCUGGAAGCCACAAAGAAGGUCCUGAAGGUUCGAACUUGUUCAUUUAUCACUUGCCAACUCACUUCACGGACCAUGACCUGAUGCAGACAUUCUUUACAUUCGGGACGAUCGUAUCGGCAAAAGUUUUUAUUGAUAAGCAAACUAAUCUCAGCAAGUGCUUUGGAUUUGUGAGUUACGAUAACCCGGCGUCGGCUCAGCACGCAAUCCAGGCCAUGCACGGUUUCCAGAUCGGAAUGAAGAGACUUAAAGUUCAGCUGAAGCGUCCCAAGGGCGAGAGCAAAGCAUAUUAGAAGUAACCUAGGUCUGCUAAAGAUGUUGUGUAUAUUUUUCAUUAGUUUGGGAUUAUUUUGCACACGCCCCCUCCACCCUACGAUGUUCCAGUGUUAGUCGUUUUUGUUCAAGUGGCUGCUUCUUGCUGGAAGACCUUUCCGGAAUGUGUUGUGUUCCGUCCCACUGUUGUCUGGUGUCCUUUGCCAGUGUUACUCGCUACAAUAUGCGUUAAGCCGGCUCUGUGUCGUUCUGCAAGGGGCUGCUGAUGUAAUUUGAGUGUUUCAUGUCACACGGGAUGCAAUAGAUCUACUUUGGUGCUCUGGAUUUGCGCUGCUUAAAAUUCGAUGUGAAAUUUUAUGGAAUUCGUCUUCACUCAGUGUUAGAUCUUACCGUUUAAUUUUAUCCAAAUAUUUAUUUUCGUCAAGUUUUUACGUCUUUUAAACCCGGCCAUUCUCACCGUCCAAGUUUGUUUAAUAAUUCAAAUCUCUUGCGCUCCCAAUUGACUGACGUCAGAAAACGCUGACUCAGCAGAAAUGUUGCAUGCAAAACGUUGCCUACCUAGAUUAGUUAUAUAUUCUAUCUAUUUAUGUCCAGUUUUUAAGUUUCAUACGUUUUUGCGUUGUUUUUCUUUUGUUUUAACCUCACCCUCGAGAGAGAGAUUGACGUCGCUUUUAAAGUCAAUGACCCGUGGAGUGACGUCACACUGUAAGAGAUUCGCUUUAGACAAUUCGACCGCGUAUUUAUUUUUACGUUUUGUUUUAUUUAACAAAUAGUUUUAUUUAGUUAUUGAUUCUGUUUUUUCUUCUUAUGGUUUGAUUUCAAAAUAGUCGAGUGACGUAUAGGACCAGCGGAAAAGGUUUCUCUUAUUACGUCACUAUCUAUAUUGUUUUGUGCUGUUAGGUGUUGUGUUUUUGUGUGCAAGGAAAUUUGGUCCAGACCAGAAAGAAGUGUUUAAGCGUGACUUGUUAUAUAUGAUCUGUACGUACCCAGUUCGUAAGUUAUAUUAGUUUUAAGCAUUGUUUGCAUUUUAAUAUAUAUUUGGUUGCCCGGUUUUACUUGUUAUAUUAUUUUAUUGUUGACGACGUAUUACGUUUUCUCGUUCUUUCACGUUUUUUGAGAUGUAUACUAUAUUUAUGGUUCUUACGUCUAUUACUCGUUUUGUACCGUGUCUGGUAACAGUGUAAUUUUCUUGGAAAUAAAACCCGUUAAGAUUAACAAGA